UCCUGAGAGUGCAGCCUCCGAUAUUGCAGUCGGAUAAUAUUGCUUCUGGAUCCAAAUGCUCUGAUUGCAUAGUCAAACAACAAAAAAUUCUCGAUGUCCAGGCAGACAGCGGUUAAUUUCUACAAUUCGACUUACAGGAGGAUCGUUACCGUACAACCCCGUGUCGUGUAGACGCGCGCAAUUAUUUUUAAGCGUAACGUUAGAUAGCGACCGCGCUUAUCCAGACACGGUAGAUAAACAAGGUCAAAGCUCAGUAUUUUAGCAGGUGUACUACGGUAUCAGUGCGUACUGUCACUGUUCAGGUGUUACACAACCAUCUGACAGCUCCACGCCAGCAAGAAAAGCGAAUUCUUUUUAUUGGACUUUAGAAAAUGUUGGUGGGCGCAGUUGUUCAUCCGGGUAUUUUCGUCUAUUCUUUGUGUUUUUGGCUGUAGUCUAUAUAGUAUUUCCCUGAUAUACUGGACAGUCAGUGGACGUACUAUUUUUCGCAUACUAUAUAGUAAAAAAAUUAGUCAUAUUCGGACGCAUUUAGACGCAUUGUUGCACAAUGUCUUGGACAUUCGUAGAGCGCGUGCAGCACUUGCUCCAGGUAUUGGUACCUAGGCUGCUUUUGGCACUUUUUAGGCUGGUCUCACCCGGGAGAACAGGCAGACCCAAACAUCUUCCUCUCAUUAGAAACCCACUUCUUACGCUUUCUGCAGCGCAGCUGGCUCAGAAGAUACGCCGGAGAGAGGUUACUAGCGUGGAGGUUGUUCAGGCAUACAUUGACAGAAUACAGGAAGUAAACCCACUGCUCAAUGCUAUAGUCAAAGACAGGUUCUCAUCAGCCCUUUUGGAAGCUGCUCAGGCAGAUCAAAAAAUAGAGGAGAAAGGACGAGAGGAUGUUCUGAAAGAUCAGUUUCCACUGCUGGGUGUUCCAAUAUCAAUCAAAGAGUCUUUUUCACUUCAGGGUAUGCCCAAUGCUGCCGGGUUGAUAUCCAGGGCUAACACCAUUUCAAGUGUGGAUGCUCCUGUUGUGGGCUUGUUAAAGCGAGCUGGAGCAAUUCCUAUAGGUGUCACAAACACCAGUGAGCUUUGCAUGUGGCUGGAGUCCAACAACCACCUCUAUGGAAUCACCAACAACCCCUAUAAUCUAGAAAGGAUUGCUGGAGGAAGUUCAGGUGGAGAGGGUAGUAUCAUAGGUGGUGGUGCAUCUGUAAUAGGCAUCGGCUCUGAUAUUGGAGGAAGUAUCCGCCUUCCGUCGUUUUUCAAUGGGAUUUUUGGCCACAAAGGCACAAGAGGUGUGGUGUCAAAUGAUGGUCAGAUUCCCAAACGUUCUGGUCUCCAUGACGACUUUGUGAGCACUGGUCCAAUGUGUCGCUAAGCUGAAGAUCUGCUCCCGCUUCUGAAGAUCAUGGCUGGACCCAAUGCAGACAAGUUGUCCCUCUCUCAAAAGGUGGAUCUGAGAAAGUUGCGUUACUUCACCGUAGUAGAUGAUGGUGGAUCUCACUUGACAACGGCAGUAGACAACCAGCUCAUUGAAGCUCAAAAGAGGGUGGUUGCACGUUUUGAGGCUGAUCUAGGAGUUACUGUGAAGCAAGUUAGUUUUCCUCAACUCAAAUACGCUUUUCAGAUCUGGGGCACGUUCUUGGCUCUGCCUGACAAAGAUGGCAAGCCUCGCACACCUUUUGUUGAGCUAAUGGCUGAAGGACAAUCUGUUUGGCUCGUAUGGGAGGUGAUAAAGAGAAUUUUUGGAAGAUCUGAACACACAGUGGCUGCAAUUGGUUUGGCUCUGUAUGAGAAGACUCACAGCAAGGUACCGUCUCAGUUCAUCCUGAGACAGAAGGAGGAGUUGCAGAGAGAGAUGGAUGAGCUGCUGGGGACAGAUGGAGUUCUGCUCUACCCCUCUCAUCCUUUUAUCGCCCCCAAACACCAUCACCCUCUAUUCAUACCAUAUAACCUAGCUUACACAGGAAUUAUGAACAUCUUGGGGCUGCCAGUGACCCAGUGUCCACUAGGGCUGAGUAAAGAGCGAUUACCCCUGGGGGUGCAGGUGGUGGCGGGGAAGUUUCAAGACCGUCUGACCAUGGCUGUGGCGCUUCAUCUGGAGAAGACUUUCGGAGGCUGGAGAGAUCCUGGAGUGUCAGAUGAUUGAAUUUGUCUGAAUGGUAAUAUAUAGGCAUGAUGUUGCAAA